UCUGAAAGAAAAGAAAGCCAUUGAAGCCUCUCUCUCUCUCUCUCUCUCUCUCUCUCUACUUUUUCACUCUAGAAAAAGCGAAAAAGCUGCAUUGUCGUUAAAAAUGGCUGCCAAUUCAGCUCAAAGCUUUGAAAUUUGCUACACUUGAUACAUUUCGCAGCUAAAGCUUCCUGCUUUCGGAGCUACUCCUAUCUCUCUCUCUCUCUCUCUCUCUCUCUCUCUUUCAGCGAGCUGCUGCUGAACUCUCAGAUCUUCAUCUGAAACUUUCUGUGCGAAGAAAUCCGAACAAUUCCCAGAAAUUAAAUUUUCAAAAUUUCGCACCUUUUUUGUUGUUGCUGUGAGAGAUCCAUGUCGUCGGAUAUACGCUAGGGUUCAAAUCGAUCGCGUUUCGAGUUAAAGUUUCGUCAGGAAGCUGCGGGGGAAGUUUUCAAUUUCUCUAAUUUUUUUUGUUCGAUUUUAUUUUGUAGCACUUUCGAUGUUUCCGUACAAGUUCAUGGCUGAUUGCAGAGACUGCAACGAUACCUCUGACUAUGUAGUUAUAGGGUUUGAGAUUGCGAGUCUGUGAGGGGAAUUGAGGAAAGCGUGGUGUAUUGGCCGCGGAGCGCGGAGGUUACGGUUAAAGAGUUAGGGGGAUGGGACCGGAUCGGUUGCUGUUAGCGGCGGUAGGACCUCCGUUAAAGCGGCGAGCGGGCUUACGGAGGAAGCAGGCGGGUAGAGGGUCGUAUAGGGGAAGUUAGAGCACCAAGUUAGGCGCCACAAUUGAAAUUUUGGGUUGGGGAUUUGUUUGUUUGGGUGUUUGUUGUUUAGAGGGUGAUUAGGAAAACAAAAAUAAAGCUUUGGGGGAGGAGAUGGGGACUGACUUGCACAAUAUUCUGAGAAGCCUCUGCUUCAAUACGGAGUGGAACUACGCCGUUUCCUGGAAACUCAAGCACCGAGCUCGAAUGGUGCUGACUUGUGAGGAUGCUUACUUUGACAACUGUGAGCAACAUGAUUCUUCCGAGAUUAGGUGCUUCAGUAAGACUCUGGAUAAAUUGCAUGAUAGCCAUUAUUCACACGAUCCCCUCGGGCUAGCUGUGGCAAAAAUGUCGUGCCACGUAUAUAAUCUGGGGGAAGGGAUUGUUGGACAGGUGGCGGUUACUGGCGAGCAUCAAUGGAUUUAUGCUGAUGAUCUUGUUAAGAAUAACUGUUCACCAUUGCAGUACUGUGAUGGGUGGCAAAGUCAAUUUUCAGCUGGCAUAAGGACCAUUGUUGUUGUGGCUGUUGUUCCGCAUGGAGUUAUACAGCUUGGUUCUUUGAAUAAAGUAGCUGAAAAUGUGAAGCUGAUAUCUCAAAUCACAGAUGCUUUUAAGACUCUUCAAGAUUUCCCAAUAGACCAUAUCCCUAAUCCAAAGCAAUAUAGCAUAAACAGUUCAGUAUGCUCGACAAAUAUAUCUCUGGAACGUUUGGCUUCAGGGGUUCUUCCUGAUUGUGUAAAUAAUUUAGAUACAGCCACAAACAGAGAAAGCUCCGAUAUUUGGUCGUCCAUUUUCCCACAUCUUGGGAAAGAUAAUGAUAGUUCUUACAUUUCUUCACUGACCGAAAAUUGUCUGAAAGAGGAAGUUGAACUGGCUAAUAAGCAUGGAGGACUUGAGUCAUCCAACUUCAGAUGUGUUGAGAUUGGCAAACUGCCUCAGUCAAAAUCAAGCGCUCUCAGUAUGGAGCAUCGCAAACUAGUAGGUGUAGAAUUACUUGAUAGCAGGAAGUGUAAAGGGGAGAGUAGUGGCUGCAAAGAUACUGGAAUGGCCUCAAUGAUCUAUGCCCAUCCAUUAUCACAUGAUCCUGUUAAAGACAUUGUAAAUUUAUGUGAUUUUGCAGACUUACCUACAACAUUUCUCGACUCUACUGCACAUGAAAGGAUUAAUGCGGACAGGGUAGAUCUUCACCAGAAUGAGGUGUUGCAUGUAAGUGAACCCUCAGUUGUUAAGUUUCAGAAGGGCCUGGAAAACCUGGAGUUUCAAACUGAAUCAGGUCACAUGGACACAUCUAGUGCAUCAAUGGCCUUCCCUGCUGGCUGUGAGCUGCAUGAAGCACUUGGACCAGCUUUUCUGAAUCAGGGUAACUAUUUUGAUUGGGUAGCGGGGAAGAAUGGAGAUAGAAUUACUCCUGAGAUCCCUGAGGGGAUGAACACUAGCCAGUUGACAUCCGAUUCUUGUCAAGAGCAUCUUCUUGAAGCAGUAGUGGCUAAUGUUUGCCAAAGUGGCAGUCUUGUUAAAAAUGAAAAAUCAUUCUGUAAAUCAAUGCAGUCCCUUUUGACAACUGAAAAAUAUCCAGAGCCUUCUGGCCGUAUUACCCAUACAAUUGAUUCUGAAAAUUUUUCUAUUGAUCAGCCUUCUCUUACUGGAGAGGACAUGCAGCAAUGCUUGAGCUCAUCAGGGAUUUGCGGGGUGAUAUCUCCAAAAUGGUUUUCAUCACCUUGUCCUAGUGCUUGUAGUGAGCAGCCGGAGAGGUCUUCUGGACUGUCCAAAAAUAGCAAGAAGAGGGCAAGACCUGGUGAAAGUUCUAGACCUAGGCCAAGGGACCGGCAAUUGAUCCAAGAUCGUAUUAAGGAACUGCGGGAGCUAAUACCUACUGGAGCAAAGUGCAGUAUUGAUUCACUGCUGGAGCGCACAAUCAAGCACAUGCUCUUUCUACAAAGCGUCACUAAGCAUGCUGACAAACUAAAUAAAUGUGCUGAUGCAAAGUUGUGUCCGAAGGAAGCAAGCAUGCUAGGAUCCUCCAAUUAUGAACGUGGAUCAAGCUGGGCAGUGGAGGUGGGUGGCAAUCUGAAAGUUUGUUCAAUAAUAGUGGAGAAUCUCAACAAGAAUGGACAGAUGGUUGUAGAGCUGAUGUGUGAAGAAUGCAGUCAUUUUCUAGAGAUAGCUGAGGCUAUCAGGUGCUCGGGUCUGACAAUCUUAAAAGGUGUGACGGAAGCCCGUGGUGACAAGACAUGGAUAUGUUUUGUGGUUGAGGGGCAAAACAACAGAAGCAUACACAGAAUGGAUAUCUUAUGGUCUCUUGUUCAGAUAUUACAGCCCAAGAAUCCUACACAACAGCUAUAACCUUGUCUCGCUCGUGGAGUGUCUCUGUAGGUUAUUUUGUAAAUUAUUGUGAGUUAUUUGUGAUUUCCGAUUGGAAUUUACGGUUUUCUUUUCUUCAUUUUGUUUGAACACACCUUUUAAUUGAAAAGAACAAGAGUGAAUAGCCCUGGGAGCAAUUUCCCUCCUUUACUUUGUAGCGUGUGAAGGUGCCAUUUAUUAUGUUCCCUCUCUUCUGUUGCAACUGCUGUGUCACCUGUACCACUUUGAAUGUAAAGAUGAAAAUAUUCAUUUCUACUUUUGGAUUCGA